CGGGCGCACGGGGCGGGAUCGCGGCUGCUGGCGGGACGGCCGGGCCGGGAAGGGACUGGACGGGCCGGGGAGCUGGGCGCGGCCAGGGCGGGCCGGGGCGGGCCGGCGGGAGGAGCCCGACCACCUCCGCCGCCACCGCCGUCGCCAACGCCUGCAGGAAUUCUGCUGGUGCCACCCUAUGGACCCAAGGGCUGGUUUUUCUGGUUUGCUCCCCUGGGGCGAUUUGCAUAAUUCUUUGAAGAACCCUCCAGAAGCUGAAUAACCUGUUUUCAUUGGACUUGGAAAGAGGAGAGGCCCAGGGUGGUUUCUCCAAAUCUGGAGCCAGGAAUGGCCACAUGGGACAGGCCAAGCCAGAAGCAGCCUCAGGGGACCGAGCCAGCUGCAGAGAGGGAACCCGUGGGCCGGGAGCUGGCAGAGGCCAACCGCUUUGCCUAUGCUGCCCUCUGUGGCAUCUCCCUGUCCCAGCUGUUUCCAGAACCUGAGCAGAGCUCCUUCUGCACAGAAUUCAUGGCAGGCCUGGUGAAGUGGCUGGAGCUGUCUGAAGCCGUCCUGCCAACCAUGACUGCUUUUGCCAGUGGCCUGGGAGGUGAAGGAACUGACAUGUUUGCUGAGAUUUUACUGAAGGACCCCAUCCUGAAGGGCGACCCAUCACUGAUCACUCAGGACCUUCUGAGCUUCUCACUCAAGGAAGGACGCUAUGAUGCUCGGGCCAGAGUCCUCGUCUGCCAUAUCACCUCCCUGCUCCAGGUGCCCUUGGAGGAGCUGGAUGUUCUUGAAGAGACAUUCCUGGAAAGCCUGAAGGAAACCAGAGAGGAGGAAUCUGAAACCGCUGAGGCUUCCCGGAAGAAGAAAGAAAACCGGAGGAAGUGGAAGCGUUAUCUCCUGAUAGGCCUGGCAACCGUCGGAGGCGGGACAGUGAUUGGUGUGACUGGGGGUCUCGCAGCCCCCCUGGUGGCCGCCGGAGCUGCGACAGUCAUUGGCAGUGCUGGGGCAGCGGCCCUGGGCUCAGCGGCUGGCAUAGCUGUCAUGACCUCGCUGUUUGGUGCAGCUGGAGCAGGCCUUACAGGGUACAAGAUGAAGAAGCGGGUCGGGGCCAUUGAGGAGUUCACGUUCCUUCCUCUGACGGAGGGCAGGCAGCUGCACAUCACCAUCGCCAUCACUGGAUGGCUCGCGUCUGGCAGAUACCGCACCUUCAGUGCCCCAUGGACUGCCCUGGCCCACAGCCGGGAACAGUAUUGCCUGGCCUGGGAAGCCAAGUACCUGAUGGAGCUCGGCAAUGCCCUAGAGACCAUCCUCAGUGGCCUUGCCAACAUGGUGGCCCAGGAGGCUCUCAAGUACACCGUGCUGUCUGGCAUCGUGGCCGCCCUGACCUGGCCCGCCUCGCUCCUCAGUGUUGCCAACGUCAUCGACAACCCCUGGGGUGUGUGUCUCCAUCGGUCAGCGGAGGUUGGCAAGCACCUGGCCCACAUCCUGCUCUCAAGGCAGCAGGGCCAGCGACCUGUCACCUUGGUUGGCUUCAGCCUGGGAGCCAGAGUCAUCUACUUCUGUCUGCAAGAGAUGGCCCAGGAGAAAGUGGCCAUGCCGGGGCACUUGGGAAGAAAGACAUCAGCAGCUGAGCCAGCUCUCCUGUGGGUGAACUCACUUGGCACCUGAAAGGCUGCAGGACCCGCUCCAUCUGGGCACUGAGUGAACAGAAGGGACCGGAUGACUAUGUGCUGUGACAGGAAGCUGCGGCUGGUGUUGAAAGUUUGAUGCUGUUACGAUCGGGGAAGCCAGGCGUGUCUAAAUCCUAGCUCUGGAGCUCACUCCCUUUCUCUCCUACUGGCUUCCCAAGCAAAAUAAACACAGAAGCUCCAGGUCCGUGAUGACCAGACCUAACACCACCUGGACUCACCUGGUAACCCCCCAAAGGAUGGAAGAAGCCAUGCUGGACCCCGUGGCAGGUGCAGAACCCAAAAGCUCCAGAGCUGAUGUGGGGCCAGGUUUCUUAGCCAGUGGCACAGAGAAAAGAAGGCCCCAUGUGAGACAAAUUCAAGGCCUGUGUGUCCUCUGCUACCAAGCUACAUGCCCAGCCCUGGAUAGAGAGCCCGAGAGAAAGUGGCUCCACCUGCCUCAAACAACUUGGCAAGCACAGGCAAGGAGCAGAGCUGCCAUCGGGUUUCCUUUUGCAUGAAAACCUGGGAACUAGCACCUGGGACCCUUCAGUGUCCUUCCACUUGGUCAGUCAACUGACCAAGCAGGUGGCAGAGAGAUGCCCAGGCAUGAAAAGAGACAAGGCUGAGAUUUCCUGUGUCCCUGCAGCUCUGAGUUUAGGAACCCAGGCUCCUUACAACCAGGGAAUCCUUCCUGCAAGAGCUGCCAGGGUGUUUUAUUCUGGAACCUGAUCAGCCUAGCCUGCCUUAAGACCUGAUCUAGCCAUUUGUAGACAUGCUUCCUGCUCUGAACUAUAAAGUAUGUGUAGAAUGAAUUGAUUGAAAGUCUGCUUAUAACUACCCAAAAAGCCACAGUUUUCCAUGCCACGGUCAAAACCAGGCAUGGUGGCACAUACCUGUAAUCCCAACAUUUAGAAAACGGAGGCAGGAGGAUCACCAUGAGUACGAGGCCAGUCUGGGCUACAUGGCGGGACCCUGUAUCAAACAAACAAACAAACAAAAAAAAAGAUAAUAGACUCAAGUCAGAAAGCCCUAUGUUCAAAGCCUGGCUCCUCACUUAUAACCGUGUUAAGUUACAUGAGUUUUUCAAGCCUUCCUCAUUAGCAAAGUAGAUCAGAUGAUACCUGCUUCAUUAAGAUUAAUAAACUAGCACAAAUGUAAAGCCUGGAGCACAUAGUAAUGCUCAGUGGUUGGCUGAGGUCACUGCGCAGGAGGUGGGCUGCAGUCCGGAGAGCACUGGAAUACUGUGAAGGGUUCAGUCACAGUGUGAUGGGCCAGAGGGCACGUCAGCGUUGUCCUGGGGUCAGUACUGCACAGUGGACCUUGGUUCAUUCCUUCAGCUCAUGAAUAGCAGAGAUUGUGCACUGGAGGUUUUCAAAGGACAUUUGAAGUCAUCUGGUACAAACCGGUGCACUCUACAGGAUCCUUUGUCCAUCGAAGGUGUCCACUCAGCUCUGCUUAGUUGCUUCCAGUGUUAGGAAUCUUACUACUCUGCUGCGGGUAAGAGGAAUUUAGAAACUGCAAUUUAAGAGGAGAAUCAAAUCACCCAGUAAUGGUUCUUAAGGCUGUUGCUGUACCCCUGUCUUCUGCUAAACAACAGAUUCUGGGUUUGGGGGUCCCUGUCUCUGUCACUGUAGCAUGAGAUGUCACUGUGUGAAUUCUGACCUUCUGGGUCAGAAUGUUCUAGUAUGUUCUAGUAUGUUCUAGAGUGGUCUAGUAUGUUCUUCGUCACUCUUUAUUUCUCCCAUUGGUUGGUUAGUCAUUUACUGAAACAUCAUUACUCCAUCACCUUCUUCAAAGGAUUUGCAGGUGUUUAACAAAUAGAACCAUUAGAGCAACAACUUGUGGAUAAAUGCAAAGUAUCAGAGCCUGGGGAAAAAAAAUCAGCCUGCACAGGAGAUAUGAUCCCAUUGGCAAGAUCCUCUGUAGAGCGCCCAAGCCUGGAUCUGAAGUCCAGCUCUGCUUCUUCCAAACUGAGCAACAGACACAAUGUACAUAGGCUCUAGGCCUCAGUCUCCUCACCUGAGAAGGGGUUCAACUAAUACUGCCCUUAUAAGACCAUUAAAAGGACUAAGUGGGAUCAUGGACAUAAAACACUUGCCAAGCUCCCCGCAAGUGUAGGCCAUCUGUAGCCGGCACCUUUCCUUUUAGGAGUUGAAAGCUCAAAUGGUUCCCCCGUCUCUGCCUUUGGCAAGCUAGGGAGGUCGGGCGUGAGGAGGUCGCCGUGGCUGAGAAUGACCUUGACAAGCUGCCUGUCGGUACAGAGAUAUGUUGGAGACACUGCAGCAGGGACUUUCUGCCUGCAGUUUUGGCUUCCACUAUGGUGAGCACCUGGGCAUUUGGAAAAGUCAAUUAGGUGACGAGUCUCGAGCUGGAUUUUCACUUGGGUGGUUUUACAUUUUGUACUAAGCUGCUGUAAAAGAGGAGACUUUGCAGGACUGUUGUGUGUGAAUCUCAGACUCAGCAGUGAAAGGGUGGGGUUGAGUCCUGGUACAUUCCUCUGCUCAAGUUGGAUAGAAAAUGCUCACUCCUUGCAAUACAAACCAUUGUUACAAGGAGAAGAGAGCGGGUGUGUAUGGAGCACCUGCUGUGUACUUGUGGGAACAGACCCACCUUGAUUGUUUUUUUUCUAGUCAUUUGGAAGUGUGGACUUCCUGGAAAUACAUUUUCUUGUUGGGUUUGCUUUGCUUUGCUUUGAGACAAGGUCUCGCUAUAUAGUUCAGGCUGGCCUUGAACUCAUUAUGUAAACCAGGCUGGCCUCAACCUUACAUAGCUCUUCCUGCCUCAGCCUCCCGAAUCCUGGGAUUACAGGCAUGGGCCCUCGAGCCUGAUUUGCAGUUCCAUUUUUAAAGUUGGGGAACUUGAAGCUCAGGGAGUUUAGAUGACUUGUCCAAGAGCACACAGCCAGCAGUUAGCAACACUGGGCUUCUAAUCCCAGGUGUCUCAUCCUGACCAUUCCCUAUUAACUGCUUCUUUGUGCUGCCUCUUGUGACAAGCUUGCUGUCCUUAGCCUUAAAGCAGGGAAGUUACAGUACCAAACACACCUCCAGGGGCCUAGACGCUAGGGGCUGUGGUGAUUCAGAUGAGAGGUCCUCUCCCUCCAGAGCGCAGAGAAAGCUUCAAGGGGAGCGGCAGCUUUCUAAUGGCUCCCCGGAGCUGUGAGCCCAGCAGGAGGCCUGAGGGUCUGGGACUGGCAGUGCCCAAGAUCCAGAAGCAGGAAAGAGACUGCUGGGGAGGGCCAGUGACCCGAGCCAAGAUUUUUCAACCACUUUGAGAGGAUAGUUUGCAGAGAGGAACAGGGUCAGAAGUGCAGGCUUGCCUUGAGUGUUCAGGGGUAGCAUUUUCAUGGGAUGGAUGUAUUUAUCUGUCAGUCAACAAACUGCUCUUGGGAACCUACCGUGUACCAGGAGCAGUGUAGGGCAGAGGUGACCAUGAACUGACCGCUCCAUUCUGCCAGGUGAGACCUCAGCACCUAGACCCUUAGCACCACAGAAACAGGCUGCACAAAUGCUCCUUGAACUCCCCAAACAAAGGGCUGAGCACCUCCUGCUGUACCCCUGAGCUACUCCCCAGCCCUUUUUAGUCUUUCCUUUGAGACAGGGUCUCACUGAGCUGCCCAGGCUGGCCUCAAGCUUGUGAUCCUCUUGUCUUAGCUGCCUGAGUAAGGAGAUGACAGAUGUGUGCCACGGCAACCAGCUGUGUUCCCUUUCUUUUAAAAAAAGAAGAGGACUAGGGGUGUAGCUCAGUGGUAAAGGCAGGGUGCUUGCUAUAUUCAUAAGGACCCGGGUUUGAUUCCCAGCAUUGCCUAAAUAAGUUUUAUUUGAUCACAAAGAGAAAUGGAACAGGAGAAUGAGAGAGAAAAGUAUCUAAAUUCCAUAAUGACACUUGCAGUGAGACUUUGAACACAUAAGUGUUGCUCUGAGCUUUCCCACUGUAAAGCAGAAGUCAUGCUUACUUAUUACUUGGGAUCAUUGCAAGGAGUAAAUGAAAUAACAGAUACAAAAAGCAAUUAGUCUGGCCAGGGAGUUAGCUCACUAGCACAAUUGCCUACCUGGCAAGCUUGAGGUCAUGAGUUCGAUUCCCGGUACCAAAAACAAAAGCAAUUAGUCCUGAGCCUACCCUAAAGGAAACUGUGAUCCUGAAGAAGAAAAGAGGAGGAAGUGGAUUAAGAAAGGGAAUUCCCUUACUGCACUAUGGCUCAGUGCUAGAGCCCUUGCCUAGUAUGUGUGAGGCCCUGGGUUCUAAUCCCAGCAUUGCCAAGAUAAGAAUAAAGAAAAAUGAAGAGACAAAGAGAAUUCCAGAACCUGGUCUUAAACCAGCCAACCCAAAGCCCCUCAGCAGCAAAGGCUUCCUCUCCUCGCCUGUCCCUUCGUUGCCCCCGAAGCUGGGCCACCAUCCCGGGUCCUGAGGUUUGCAAAAUGAAACCAAGGCAUGGAGGGUUCAUCAGUGCUCACACGUACGUCUGCCCAUCCUGACCCUUGAGUCUCAAAAUUCCCACAUAGUUGAAAAUUAUGUCUGAGCUGUCACUCGACGCCAGCUGAAAUGCAGCAGACCGUCCCCUGCCCCCGGUCAGCUGGCUCUUUCAUCUCCCUGAUAGCAGGCAUCAUGUUUGAUGUGAUUUAUUUCCCUUCCAUGGAAUUGCAUCCACCAGUUGCUUUAUCCUCAGACAGACCCAGCUUUUAGUCCCUUGGGGGGAGCAAGGCAAGGUCAGGCAGAACCGAUUGGUUUCCAGGGUCCCAGGGUGUGGUAAUAGCUUUAUUACUUUGCGUGGCCAAAUGAAAAAGCUGGGAAUCAAAAAGGGGAAAUGAGGGCUUAGUCUGUGCCUUAAAGAAUUCAUCCCAAAUCCCAGUAAUAAUACAUCCAAACGGGCGCCUCUAAGCAAUUCUUCCCAGUGUGACCCUCCUUCCUUUGGGGAGAGCCAGGCCGUUCAGUCAAAGCCCCCUUUCUCCUUUCUCGGUCUCGGUCCCUUUUGUGGCUUCUCCCUGCGUUUAUGAUGUGCACAUGUGUGUAUCUUUGCAAUGGAUCCCAUUUGUGUUAGACUCAGUCUGCGCCGUUUCCUUCCAGCGCUGUCUGGCGGACUCGCAGUCCGGAGAUAAUUCUCUCCUUCCUUUGCCACCUUAUCACUCACCGCACACGCGAACCCCUGCCAGGCGGGAGAAAAUCCGUCCAUUUUGCUUCUUGAACUUGAGAUGCUUUGGUCUUGGCAGCCAGGAGAAUCUCAUUACUGACAACGUGACGGGCAUGUGGGAUGCGGGCAGCUGCCUGGACAGUUAUUCCAUGCAGUUUCCGGGAAGCUCUGUGCAGCAGCUUCGCCUGAGUUUAAGGAAGUUGUAGGGAAGGAUGGGCUGACAGAGGUCGGUCAGGCUGCUCCCAUCGGCACAGCGCCCCUCACCACACAGAAAGGUUUCCAGGGGGCUCUGGACAGAGCAGGCCCUCUGUGUUUAAGCGGGUCACAUGCUUGAGAAUGUUUGAGUUUGCAAAAACUCAGUCCAUAUCCAGUUUCUAAGAACAGGGGUGUGGGGGGAACUGACAUUCACUGCUGUGAACAAGCUGACCCAUCUCAGCCCUCGAUGGGUUCUGCAAAGCUUUAAGAACCCCCAGCUUGCUGGCAGAGGCGACUGGCCACAGUGCCAUUCCAGGAGUGUGGGGCAAACUGCCAGGGCAUGAUCAGAGCAGUGAUUUAUCUAAACCCUGAUCAAUAAAAGGAGAGGAGGAGAACUGUGCCACCACGGGAAUGUCCUGGGGGCUUCUGAGCCGUACAUUUAGAAAAGGAAGAAAUGGGCAACCUUAUGUGAUACGUUUCACUUUACCAUAAUGAAAAAUUGAAAAAAAAUAAGUGGAGGAGGAAGUGUCCAGCUGCAGUUCCCAGCUCUUCAGCUGCUUCCCAGCAUGCCCGCUUCCCACCACUGCUGAGCACCCAGAACAGUUGCUGCUGUUCUUGGCUGGGCAGCAGCAAAUAUCGAUGGCCUGGCCCUCCCCAAAGACGACCUCCCAUCUCUGGCAUUCUGCGUAACUGCCACGUGGAUGGUCUACAUAGCAAGAAGAACAGGGCGGGCACUGCCCAGGCUGUGUGCCACACCCCAUCCUGUGCACACAAAUACCCUCUGGCCCUGGGAAAUGGGGAGUAUUAUCUUACAAGUUCAGCACACCGAAUCCAAGGAUCUCAAAUCCAAACUGCUCCAAAAUGCAGAAUUUUUUUCAGUGCCUAGCAAAUGCCCUCAGUAGACAAUUCCACACCUGACUCAGUCAAAACCCAGACGCACUACAAAUAUAAAGUUGCCUUUCAUCCAUGUGAAUAAGGUGUAAAUGAAACGUAAGUGAGUUGGUGUUUAGACUCGGGACCUAUCCCCGGGAUAUCUCAAUACGUAUAUGUAAAAACCGCAAAAUCAGAAACACUGCUGGCCCCAAGCAUUUCAGAUGAUGAAUAUUCAACCGACAUCUUCCUUUUACAAAUAAAGUGAGACUUCCAGUUUUGAAAGUCCUGACCUCAGUUAAUGUAGUGGCAUGGCUAGUAUUUAAAUCCAAAUUUCUGUUACACCAAUUUCUCUAACCCAGUUCCGCUGCACUGGUUGGUGGUUCCCGGUCUUUCUGAGUACAGGGUCCCUUCCUGAUGGCAAGCGUUUUCAGACUACACAUGCAAGCAGCCUUACCAUAGUGCUGACUGAUGGAGAAAAUACGGCUGGUGGAGCACUUGCCUGACAGAUGCAAGGCCCUGGGUUCAAUCCCCAGCACUUCAGGGAGCCAGGAAAGAAGGGGAGAGGGAAGGGAAGGCAAGGGAAAGGUAGCGAAAAGAUACAACAGACAUGUCACUCUGAAUCCAGGAAUUCUGUAACACAACAGCAUAUGCACGUAGUCUUGAAAUCAUGCUGGUCAGUUAUGAGACUUUAGAGACAUUUAACUGGGUGUCAGAUGGGGGUACGCAGUUGGCUUCUCAGGCCCUAGUGUCACUCUUGGUCUUUGCAUUCUGAGCUUUGGUGUCACCCACCAGCGAGAGGCCAGGGGACGCUGAGUCUCUGCUCCACGUGGGCUGGGCCUGCGGGGUAGAAGCUUCGCUCCACAGUGAGUGCCAGGUGCUCCCUGGGGCUGCCACGAGCCCCUGAGUCUAGGACAGUGUUGGCUUUCAGAAUCAUUCAUGGAUUUCCUCGCCUGCUGAAGACCGCUGGCUUUCAGAGAAGGGUCGCUGCCCGGGAGCAGAGCCUUAGAAAUGAGUGGCCGAAAGGCUGAGGACGGCCGUUAAAUUCUGUGUGCCGCACAGUGUUCCGAGAUCCUCGGCCAUAGCUGCCGGAAGAACUUGUGCCAGGGGGUGAGGGAACAGGAAAAGACCCCACACACCUUGCAUUUAUUCUCAGCAUGAAGAUUUUAUACGAUGGAGUCUUUUUUCUUUCAUUUGUACCACGAAUGCUAACUGAGCACUAAUCUCCAUGCCAUGCACUGGGAUUCAAUGGUAAAGUCAGAGACGAUGAUCCUAGCCCUGCAGAGCUUACUGUUCACCACUAAGACCUGGAAAGGAAAACUGGACAGCCAUCAGAUAGUGACCCAUCGGUGGAGAAAAGUAAAGGGGCAAGGUGGCUGGGGUAGCAGUCAGGGUGGGAAGUGGCCUGCAACUGUCCUUGGGGAGGACAAGGAAGCGUGUGGGUGUCCAGGAGCAGAGCCCUCAGCAGGAGGGAACCACAGGGCGGAGGUCUGGCGCGUGCUGACACAUUAAAGCCAGUGCAGCCGAGCAGAGCCAGUGAGGGGCAGAGCCGUGAAGUCAUGCAGGGCUUCUGAGGCCAUCACGGUGCCUGAACUUUGACUCCCCAAGAGGAUCCAGGUAGAGAGGUGACAGGAUCGGGCUCCUCUGCUGUAUAACUUGCUUAUCACAAGAGCCGCUGGAUCAUGUGUUAAAAAAUAAAAUGAAGAGGUGAACACCUGGUGGUGCACAUCUGUAAUCCCAGCACACUGGGGCAGAGAGAUCGGAAGUCGUGGGGUCCAGUCUGAGCACUGUAGUGAGACUCUUGUCUCCAACUAGAAAAUAACAAGGGCUCCAAAGGCCCUAGACUCAAUGUCCAGCGCUGGAGGAAGGAGAGAGAAAAAAUAGAGA